AUGGUCGCUUCAACCGACACCUUCCCCGGCCUUCUCAAGCCAACCACGAAGCCCUACCGCCUUCCUCAGAUCAACACUGUACCUCUGCUCAUCAAGGAUGGUUUCACUCUCACGACUCUCUUCUCCAUCGGCGCCCUCAUGCAGACAGCGCUCUUUCUUAUUUUACCGACUAAAUACGCCAUCAUUCCUUCCUCCGCUAUCGCUCUCAACUCCAUCAUUUCAACCAUCAUCGGAACCCGCUCAAAGUCGGCCAACACUUACAUGAACGGCGUCGUCCCGGGCCGUACCUCCGCACAGUUCCCGGACCCCACCACCGGCAAGAUCCCCGCCACCCCGGCCGGUCGAUCUCUGCUGGUCUUCCACCUCGGAGUCCGUUUCAACCAUCCUCUCGGACUCCUCUCUCCCGGCGGUCGCGAGAUCGGCGCAUACUUUGACGCCAUGAACAAGGACCUGAACCUUCGCGCCGACGAGUACGGACUCUACCACCUCUCAUCCUGGCAAUCCCUCGAGACCGAGCGCAACAACACGCUCAUGUUCAUCUACUACUUCAGAGACGUCGAGGGCCUCAACAAGUUCGCCCACGAUCCCCUCCACCGCAAGACCUGGGACUGGUACAACAGCAUCAGGGACCAGUUCGACCACAUUGGUAUCUUCCACGAGGGCUUCGUCACCGGCCCGCAGCAGUACGAGACCAUCUACGGCAACAUGAAGCCCACCCUUCUUGGCGCUGCGAGCCUUAAGUGCAAGAACGAGGAGACCAAGGAGGACGAGUGGGUCAAUACUUUGGUCAAUUCCGACAACUCGGCCCUGAGAAGCCAGUUCAAGCGCAUGGGGAAGGCCUCGCGGCAGUUGGUGGAGUACGAGACCUGA